AUGCUCGUCAUGCUGGUAAUUUGGCAACGCAGGGCCAUGAACCGUUCCACAGACACCCUCAUCGCAGCUCUAGCGAUGGCAGAUUUCUUGACCUCUAUUUUCAUCCUACCCUUGCCGGUGGCAGUCAGUGUACCAUCUUCGUUCCUUGGGGAGAUUUAUUGCCGACUCAUUUACGACGGCUUUUUCAUGUGGUGGGCGGUCGGAGUGUCGAUCUACACACUAGCUUUAAUCUCUGUAGAGCGUCUCAUAGCCGUCAUGUACCCUAUCUACUUCAAUCGCUACUUUACUAGAGGCAAAACAUCUAUAGCCGUUGUUGUUGUCUGGUUAUGGGUGAUACUCUUAACUCUAAACUUGAUCUUGACCUGUACCGUAGAUGGCGUAAUUCAUGCCUGCGCUUUGUCGUUCUCGCCAGCAGUCGGACAAUUCCUGGGCAUCAAGGUUUUCCUCACGUACUUCAUCAUCCCUGCUAUUGUAAUGAUUCUUGCUCAGGCUGUUACCGCUGUCAUUCUCCACCGAAAAUCAACAAAGUUCAUGGAAGGCAAUGUACAGAAAAACCGAUCCAACCCAUCACACAACCUGCUGACUGCGAAGAAUCGAGUCAUAAAGAUGCUAUUCGUGGUUGUCUUGAUUUUCAUCAUAUGCUGGGGGCCGAACACCAUUGCUUACUUUCUUUUCAAUUUCGGGUUCAUAAGCCGAAGUUUUGCCUUCAGCAACACAAAUCGUAUUCUCACGCUGCUUGCGUUUUACAACUCCUGUUUGAAUCCGAUUGUCUACACGGUUCGGCAUCCCGGGUUCCGUGAAGCUAUCCGAGGAUUGUUCACCGGCUCUAAAAUUCAUGGAGGAGCAUUAUUCGAGUCCAAAUCUGACCAAAAAGUUCUGCCCAGGGGGAAGAAAGACGCUGAAGAUCAGAUAUAA